AUGCAUAUUGUCAAGGAAGCCAAUGUGCAGGGGCACCGAUGUAACAUACAGAGGGGAGAAGUCACUGACUGGAAAUACACAUGGAGCAAGGAUGAUGUAGACUCAAUCAGUAGGAAGCAUGAAUAUGAGAUCAGAGAGGUUAAGAUUUCAGACAAUGUUGGCUACAGGUGUCUGGCCCUGCCCAAAGCUAAACUGACCAUAACACCAAACCCUGCAUACACUGGAGAGACAGUAACUCUGACGUGUUCAGUGGGGUCUGACAGUGGCUGGAGCUAUACAUGGUACAAAGACAACGCUAAGAAAGUAGUGACCUUGUCUAGCAGACACACCACAACAGGAGUCACCUUCACCAUAAAAAGAGCUGCUGAGUCUGACCAGGGUCUCUACUGGUGUCAGGGAGAGAUCCAGUCCAGAUCCAUAUCAUCAAUCAUCAGUGAUCCUGUCACUAUCACUGUGAAAGAGAGACCUGUGGCUGUUCUGACCCUCCAACCCAACUGGCCCCAGAUAUUCAGUGGGGAGACAGUCACUCUCAGUUGUGACAUACAGGGAGGAAGAGAGAUUGAGUAUGUUUUUUAUAACAGUGGGAAGUCGGUCUACACGAAUACAGAGCCUGAGUACAGAAUCAGUCCUGCAAAGAAUGGUCUAUAUACCUGUAAAGGUCUUCAGAAAACAAAUGGCUUAAAACACUCCCAGACCAGUAAUGCUGUACAAUUGACCGUGUUAGAUAAACCCCAAGCUGUCCUGAGUGUCUCUCCUCAGUGGCUGAACCCUGGAGACUCAGUUACUCUGAGCUGUGGGGUUAAAGAGUCAUCUACAGGCUGGAGGUUCUUCUGGUACCGAACUGUUCCCUACACAGCUGGGUUACUGUCCCUAUCGAACACGUCCUACUCUGUAGAGCCUCUAUCUGGCAGUGGGACUACUGAAGACUCCUACACUUUGAUCCCUGCUGGUCCUAGUCACACAGGAGGAUAUGUGUGUAGAGCUGGGAGAGGAGACCCAGUCUAUGACACACUCUACAGUGAACCUCAGUUUUUCUGGUCAGGAGAUCCGCAACCAUCAGUGUCUCUCAAAAUAAGACCUAACAGAACUCAACACUUUACAUCAACGUCUCUCUCACUAAGCUGUGAGGAGAAGAGGAACUCUACUGGAUGGAGACUGAAGAGAUACAGAGAGAAAGCAGUGGAGUCAGAGUGUGGAUCUAACUGGGGAUCAAUAGCAGGGUCCACAUGUACCAUCAGGUCCACAUACACAGGGGACAGUGGAGUGUACUGGUGUGAGUCUGGAUCAGGAGAGUACAGUAAUGCUGUCAACAUUACAGUGGACGUUGGCAUUCUGAUCCUGGAGAGCCCUCCCUAUCCCAUAACUGAGGGAGAAUCUAUGACUCUCAGUUGUACAAAUAGAUAUCAGGAAACAAACCCGAACCCCAAGGUUGAUUUCUACAAAGAUGGAGUACUCAUCAGGAAUGAGACCACAUUAGAGAUGACCAUCCCUGCAGUAUCCAUGUCAGAUGAAGGCUUCUAUAAGUGUAAAUCUAAUGAAGGAGAAUCACCAGAGAGCUGGGUGACAGUGAGAGAGUCAGGCUCAGGAGAAACAAUCCUAGUCGGAGUGGUUGUGGGCCUGGUUGUUGCUGGUGUUCUACUGGCCAUUCUCCUGGUACUGCUGUGUCAAUAUAAAAACGCCAAAGGCCCCCCCAGCCCCAGAGGACCAACCUGGACCCCCAACAGGACCAAUGAUCUACCCAGGGCCAGGCUCCUGAUGCUGGGUGGCGCUAACAUCUAUGAUACAACCACUCCCUCAGACAGUAAUGACAGCGAAACAUCAACUCCACCUGAGGCAGAUUCAGUCUAUUCUCAAGUGAAGCCAGGCACAGCACCAGGUCCUUGA